GUCAAAAUAAAAAAGUAUUCAGUCUUAAAGAAUUUUGUUGAAUUUAAUAAUAUACAUUAUUAGAAUAUAUUUUUUAUUUAUUUUUAAUAAUUUCUUAAUGAAGUGGCAAUAAAAAUGAUUAAGAUAUUCUUAACUUUAAUCGGCAUUUCUAAAAUGACCUACGGUUUUUACGUUCCAGGUGUGGCUCCAGUUGAGUUUUCUAAAGGACAGAAAAUUGAUGUAAAAGCUGUAAAAAUGACUAGUAGUCGAACGCAAUUGCCAUAUGAAUAUUACUCAUUACAAUUUUGUUUGCCAAAAAAUGGUACACUUAUAUAUAAAACUGAAAAUUUAGGGGAAGUAUUACGAGGUGAUCGAAUUGUUAAUACUCCAUACGAAGUUAGAAUGGCAGAAAAUAUUAAUUGCAAGUUAUUGUGUAAUAAGAAAGAUCAACCAAUGAACUGGGACCGAGAACAAUCUAAUAAGGUGUCAGAACGUAUUCAACAUGAAUAUUUUGUUCAUUUAUUAGUUGAUAAUCUUCCUGUUGCGACUAGAAUAAUAAAUCCAGAAACAAUGGAAUUACAUUUUGAGCAUGGAUAUAGGUUGGGGCAGAUUGAGGGUGAUAACACUUACAUAAACAAUCAUUUAAAAUUUAUUCUUAAAUUUCACAAACACGAAACUACAGGAAAAUACAGAGUUGUAGGGUUUGAAGUAGAGACAAUGUCAGUCAAUGUCAAUGAAAUAAAAUUUGAAGGGGAAGAAUGCAAUUUCCCAGACAAUUCCAGACCACAAAUGGUUCAACGAAAUUCAAAUACCCAAUUAUAUUUUACAUAUUCUGUUGAAUGGAAAGAAUCAGAAAUUAGCUGGGCUUCUAGAUGGGAUAUAUAUUUGGGAAUGAGCGAUGUGCAAAUUCAUUGGUUUAGCAUAAUUAAUUCUCUGGUUGUGGUGUUCUUUUUAUCAGGAAUUCUCACAAUGAUUAUGAUAAGAACACUUAGAAGGGAUAUAGCCCGUUAUAACACAGAUGAUAGUAUUGAAGAUACUUUAGAGGAAACAGGUUGGAAACUUGUACAUGGAGAUGUUUUCCGUCCACCUCGAAAUCCAAGACUUUUUGCUGCGGUUAUAGGAAGUGGAAUCCAAAUCUUUUUCAUGUGUUUAAUAACUAUAUUUUUUGCGAUGCUUGGAAUGUUAUCGCCUUCUUCAAGAGGUGCUUUGAUGAUUUCUGGGAUAUUCCAAUAUGUAGUUAUGGGUCUAAUAGCCGGAUAUUUUUCAGCACGUUUAUAUAAGACGAUGAAAGGUAGAGAAUGGAAAAAGGCUGCAUUUUUGACAGCUACACUGUAUCCCGGAAUAGUUUUUGGCACUGGAUUUUUUUUAAAUUUCUUUAUUUGGGAUAAACACUCGAGUGGAGCUGUGCCUUUUAGUACAAUGAUCUCUUUACUGCUACUUUGGUUUGGUAUCUCACUGCCACUUGUUUAUCUAGGAUAUUAUUUCGGCUAUAGAAAACAUCCAUACCAACAUCCAGUGAGGACAAAUAUGAUUCCAAGACAAAUUCCCACUCAGCAUUGGUACAUGAACAUUUUUUUGAGUACUCUAAUGGCGGGAAUUUUACCUUUUGGAGCCGUUUUUAUAGAGCUCUUUUUUGUGUUUACAGCUAUUUGGCAAAACCAAUUUUAUUAUCUUUUCGGAUUUUUAUUUUUAGUUUUUUGCAUUUUAGUUGUGAGUUGUGGUCAAAUAUCAAUUGUGAUGACUUAUUUCCAACUUUGUGGAGAGGACUAUCGUUGGUGGUGGAGAAGUUUCGUUGUUUCGGGCGGAUCGGCAGUUUAUGUUCUUCUUUACAGCAUAUUUUAUUUUUUUACCAAACUUGAAAUAACAGAGUUUAUUCCAACUCUACUUUACCUAGGCUACACGGGGUUAAUAGUGGUAACCUUUUGGUUAUUAACUGGGUCAAUUGGUUUCUUUUCGGCGUAUAGCUUUAUACGUAAAAUUUACGCAGCUGUUAAAAUUGAUUAAAUUCUUAAGUUAAAGAAUAUAAGUACAUAGUUAUAAAAUUUAAAUUUAAUUUUGUUCACAUAGAAAUUACCUUAAUUUCAUAAAUAAGAUUUUAAAUUUAUUCGAAAAUUUUUACAUACACAGGUAAUAAUUAUUAUCUGCUUUUUUAAAUCCAAAUGUGGUUUUGCUAGUAGAUUUUUAUAAGUUUUAAAAAAUUAUUUAAAAAUCAAGAAGUAUUUUAUUUUUAUUUCAAAGUUUUACUUUAUGUCAAAAUAAUUUGAAGUUAUGUAUAUACAUAUGUAUAUAAAAAUUCAUUGGAUAUAUCAAAUUUUGUAAAAAUUUUGACCUAUGUUUAAUAUAAAAUUAAAUAUAUUAAUGUAAAAAGAUGGAGAAAAAUUGUUUUAA